AUGAGUUCGUCUACAGAUGUUAGCAGUCUGCUGGUCCAGGCAGCUGUCCCCGGAUUCAAAUGUCCCACAGGGACUAAAAUGCAUAUCCUGGAUUUAGGCACGCUGGAAGCUGAUGAGUCGUGGAUUCUUCGUGGUAGUAAUUCGAGCUCUCUGUCAAACAAAAACCCAGUGAACAAGCGCCGCGAACUGAUGAUUCUAUCGGCCUUAAUUGAGUUACCUGGAGUAGGGCUGAUUUUAUACGAAACCGGCUGUGCCGAAGAUCUCGAUGUGAAAUGGGGUGCUCCCCUAACCGACAUCUUUCCUCGGAUCAUGUAUUCCGAGGAGAAAAAACUUCCAGCUGCAAUCAAAUCCACAGGCCAUGAUAUCAAGGACGUCAAGGCAGUUAUUAUCGGACAUUUGCACCUGGAUCAUGCUGGGGGUCUUGAGCAUUUUGUUGACACCGAUGUGCCAAUUUAUGUUCACGAAGAGGAAUUCAAACAUGCCUGUUGGGCUGUGGCUACUGGCGCCGACCUCGGCGUGUAUCUGGGGCAUUACAUGCUCCUCGACAGACUGAAAUGGAAUACCUUCACGGAAGAGCAUUUGGAUCUUUUCCAGGGUAUUACCCUACAUCACUCACCGGGACACACUCCGGGACUCUGUAUUAUGCAGGUAAACCUGGAGAAGGACGGUACAUUUAUAUGGACAACAGAUCAAUUCCAUGUUGCCGAGAACUAUGAGCUGGGCCACCCCCAUGGAGGUCUGGCGCGAGAUCAUACUGCGUGGUUUCGCAGUUUGAAUAUGAUUCGGAGGCUACAGAGGCUGUUUAAUGCUAGGCUUGUGUUUGGACAUGACAAAGAUGUUGCUACUAAGUAUUUGAACGAGAAGAAGUUCUUUGAGUGA